AGGGAGCCAGUUGUAUUCCUGUUUGGCUGGGCAGGUUGCAAUGACAGGCAUCUGUCCAAGUAUGCAGAAAUGUACAAGGAUUUGGGCACCGACGAUGUGCCACCAUCCCGCUACAUCAGCCCAGUCAACUACAUCUUCUUCACACCGCGCGAGCUGCUGGGCGUGGCUGACCAGCUGAUCGACCUGGUGACGGACCUGACACUGGAGGUGCACCCGGUGCUGUUCCACUGCUUCAGCAAUGGCGGCGCACUGGUGUACCGCUGCCUGACGCGGCGUCUGCGUGAGCGCCGGCUGCCACUGGACGUGCGCGGCGCCGUGUUCGACAGCGGCCCGCUGCGACCGCGGUUGGCCAGCGGCUGGCGAGCCCUCCAGCUCUGCUCCGCAGGCCAGCAGCGCUGGUACCGCUGGCUGCUGGGCGUGCUGUUCAUCCUGCUGAUUGUCUGCCGCUUCGUCUGGGAACGGACGCUGGGCUCGCGCGAGGACUCACUGCACCCCUGGAGUCUGACGGAGAGUCCCGAGCGCUGGCCGCAGAUGUUCCUCUACUCCAGCGCCGAUACGAUCACUCCGGCCAAGGACGUGGAGCAGUUCAUGGCGGCGCGCCGUGCCCGCGGCGUCGACGUUACAGGCCACGUGUUCGCCGACUCGGCGCACCCUGACUCGCGGAGAACCUCCGAACAUCACCGCAUCCCCCAGACGUCGACUAGGCCGCAGGCCGGCACAGGGCCGCAGUGA